AGAAACUGACCUAGCUUGAGGUACUGAGACAAAAUGUGAUUACCACAUGAACGAUGUUACAUUAUAAUAACUGUUCGUAUGUUACCGCUUGAAUCAAGUUAAUUAUGGCAAAAGUUUAAGAAGCGUCUUAAUCCGUCAUCAAAAAAGUGCGCGAAAUGGUCUGAACGAGCAAUAACGUUACUCUCCUCACGAUGUUAGGCCUAAUGAACAUUUCAACAACACGGAUAUGCAACACUAGACUGCGCUGUAGAUUCAGCGUCCCUGCGUCAGAAAUCAUGCAGUCGGAUUCCCGUCCCCUCGAUCCACAUCACAGCCGGUGUCAAGUUUUGAGCUUUCCUGCCUCCGGAGAGGCAGAAUCAUCAUCAGCUGUGACAGCGCAGAGAGAGGACAAUAAUGGGGCCCCAUGGCAUCAACCGUGCUGUGGAGAGACUAGAGUUUACAGACUGUAAAAAAGGACUUGGCGUGAAGAUUAUUGGUGGCUACAGGGAACAGAGCGGUGAAGAGUUCGGCAUUUUCAUUAAACGAAUUUUGCCAGGUGGCGUGGCGGCACAGGACGGGCGUCUUAGAGCAGGGGACCUCAUUUUAGAUGUUAACAACAUGAAUUUAGGAGGUGUUACAAAUGAAAAGGCAGUGGAGGUUCUUCGGAUGGCGUCAGCUACAAAUCACAUGUCUUUACUGAUUGUACGUGACGACUCUUCCAGGAGGGAAUUUGCUGAGUUAAUGGAAAAAUACGGCUCCAGCAGUAGUACCAGUUCUGGAUCAGACACCUCUGUUUCCACAGGAAAGAUCACCGACACUGCCUCCUCCUCCUCAUCUUCCAGAUCAACCAGUCCUCUGCUUCUGAGCCCUAAAGACCCAAACCCAGUAUACACCACUGCCUGCAUUACCUCCCCACCUCCACAAGUCUGCACAGACUGCAUGAUUCAGUUGAUAUGUGUUGCCAAAGGAACUGGAUUAGGUUUGGUCAUCAGGGGCGGAGCUAACCGAGCCGAGGGGCCAAUGGUCUAUGUUCAGGAAAUAAUACAAGGAGGUGAUUGCCAAAAGGAUGGGAGACUAAAGGCUGGGGACCAGCUCAUAUCCAUCAAUAAGGAAUCACUCAUUGGAGUAACACAUGAAGAAGCCAAAACCAUACUCACUCGAACAAAACUCAGACCAGACCCUACAGUAGAAAUAGCAUUUAUCAGACGAAGGUCUUCGUCAGGCUCCAGCAGUGGACCCCACAGCCCCAUCUCCCUUCAGCCUCCCUGCACUACAGCAGCCCAACUUAGGCCCGCUGGACCUGGGGGAGCAACUCUGCCUGGAGGUCUCGUUCCUAAAAUAGCCAACACCCCCAACUCUGGAAGUGAGACGUUGCCUUCUGUAGAACUUACUAAGGUACGGCCAACAACAGCAAAGCCUAUUCUCACCCCCGUGUCCUCACCUGAGAGUGCCUGCACCACAGUGGCCAACUCUGAUGCAAUUGCUGCCUGUAAUCCCAGCAAUACCUGCAGACCCUUGAAACCUCUAUCCUCGACUCCCAGCUUCGAACUCAAGCCCGAGAAAAUAGAGCAGGCACUGGAGGUACUGGGAUUGAAGCCUACUGAGUCUCAGGUCCUGACUCUGAGAGAAAGGCUGCGUUUGAACCAAGGAGGGACAGUGGCUUAUGGAGAUUUUGAGAGAGUGGCAAAGGAACUCUUCAAACUGCCAUCCAAAUCUGACUCAGAACAGGAAGUAGUUCGAUUGACAUCAGAUGAUCUCAUUGAGUCCCAGUUAAACACCACUCCAUCGUUAUCAGACUCUGAUGAUCUGGAUGAGAUGGAGCGACUAAGAAAAGACCACAUUGAGGCCUUAAGAGAGCUCAAGAGAAUGCAGGAUAAGCUGGCAGAAUCCGAAAGCCUUAAUCAUAAGAUGCUGCAGGAACUGACAAAAGUUAAACAGGAAGCAAAAUCUGCAGUGGAGGAGAGUCGAUCCCUGCGGACCCGGAUCCAUCUGGCAGAGGCCGCUCAGAAACAGGCCCGGGGAAUGGAGAUGGACUAUGAAGAGGUUAUCCAUCUCCUGGAGGCUGAGAUAGCUGAAAUGAAGUCGCAGAAAACUGAGCAACCCGGCCGUGGAAAGGACGAUCUGCAAGAUCUAAAAAAAAGGAUUUCUGUACUCGAAUGCCAGCUACGGAAGAGUGAAACUGCAAAGAAGGGUUUUGAAGUCUCCACGGGUAAACUUCUUCAGUUUGUGGAGGCUGUCCAAGGUUUUUUGUCAGAAAACCAAAGCGGUUCAAGAGGCUAUAGUUCUCCCAGCGAUCCAAAGUUGCCUCAGACCUUGUCAUCUCGAGGCGGGAAGAAACCACCCUGGACAGCAUCGGGUCUCGCUGGGGAAGCUAAAGAACUAACUAAUACUGUCAGAGGCAUUCUAGAGCUGGACUGUUUACCUUUUGGCUGGGAUGAGGCAUACACUGCUGAUGGAGUGAAGUACUACGUAAAUCAUGUAACUCAGACAACAUCGUGGACUCAUCCUGUCAUGAGAUCUUUGGGUUUGUCAGAACCAGAAGCAAGUGACCAAACCCCGAACUCUCCAGAAUCUACAGCCUAGACUGUGCACUCUUCUGCCCAGCUGUUCGGUUAAAACAAAAAUGAAAAGCAUCACAGCAGCGUAUAAACAUCAAGCGAUAUGUGCAUGAUACAAAAGACAGUCGGGAAAAGAAAUCUCAUUCAUUAAUGGAAAUCUACACACUCUCAGAAAAGGGUAUACCAAACUUUGACUGGGGCGAUUACCUUUCAAAAGUACUAAUGUGUACAAGUAACAUACCUUUAAAGGUCGUUUUCUUUUUUGGGGGAACUGUUUCUUUAAGGUACUAAUUAUGUGCUAUUAGUUGUUAAUGGAGACAAAUAGAAAAAAUCAAAAAGGUGUUAAUUAAGGUACAGUCAUGUACUUUUUUUUAGCUUUUAUACUGCCCCAGUGACAGCUUUGUAGUAGUGCUGCCAAAUGAUUAAUUGUGAUUAAUUGUAUCCAGAAUACGUUUUGU